GGGGCUCCGGCUCACAGCAGAGUUCCCUGUGUAAGAACUCCGACCUCAGCCAUCGCCCCUACUCCGCGCUCCUUUCACACGCCACGCCUGGGCUGGGGGCUAUGUCCUGGCUUGUCUUCCAAGAACCUCGAGAGAAGAGAGCACGUAGUAGGUGCUUGGCACUUAUGCUUUACUAGGGCUGGACCCAGAUCUCUAAGAAGGUUCAAGGAAAAUCUGCAGACCUGGAUUUCAAGGCUUGCCAGGUGCUUAGUAUGACUGGGAAUGAAGCCUCCUGGGCUGUGUGACAUGUCCUCAGAUGGACAGACAAUAUUUUAAUAGAAUAAUGAAGUUUGAUGAUAUGGAAAUCAGCAUUGGCAUUGACCUUCCAGUCACGGUGUACAGACCCUGGUUCUCCACAUCCGUAGGACUCAUGGAGAACAUUGUCAAGCAAGAGGCCACGCCAAACCGAAUUACAAGAAUACCCCCUGAAGUCGUUCAUCGGCUCCCCUGGCCACUCCAGCUCCACGUCCAUGAGCCCAUCGGCAGCCCUGUCCACAGGGAAGCCAAUGGACAGCCACCCCAGCUACACGGACACCCCCGUGAGUGCCCCACGGACUCUGAGUGCAGUGGGGCCCCCCCUCAACGCCCUGGGUUCUCCAUAUCGAGUCAUCACAUCUGCCAUGGGCCCGCCGUCGGGAGCGCUGGCAGCGCCCCCAGGAAUCAAUCUGGUCGUCCCGCCCAGCUCCCAGCUAAAUGAGGUCAACAGUGUCAGCAUUUCAGAGGACAUCAAGCCCUUACCAGGGCUUCCUGGGAUUGGAAACAUGAACUACCCAUCAACCAGCCCCGGAUCUCUGGUGAAACACAUCUGUGCCAUCUGUGGGGACAGAUCCUCAGGAAAGCACUACGGCGUGUACAGUUGUGAAGGCUGCAAAGGCUUCUUCAAGAGAACCAUAAGGAAAGACCUUGUGUACACCUGCCGUGAUAAUAAAGACUGCCUCAUUGACAAGCGUCAAAGGAACCGGUGUCAGUACUGUCGCUACCAGAAGUGCCUGGUGAUGGGCAUGAAGAGGGAAGCUGUGCAAGAAGAAAGGCAGAGGAGCCGGGAGCGGGCCGAGAGUGAGGCAGAAUGUGCCAGUAGUGGCCAUGAUGAUAUGCCUGUGGAGAGGAUUCUAGAAGCUGAACUUGCUGUCGAACCAAAGACAGAAUCCUACGGUGAUAUGAACAUGGAGAACUCGACGAAUGACCCUGUUACCAACAUAUGCCACGCUGCUGAUAAGCAGCUUUUCACUCUUGUUGAAUGGGCCAAGCGCAUCCCCCACUUCUCUGACCUCACCUUGGAGGACCAGGUCAUUCUGCUCCGGGCAGGGUGGAAUGAGCUGCUGAUUGCCUCCUUCUCCCACCGCUCCGUCUCCGUGCAGGAUGGCAUUCUCCUGGCCACGGGCUUACAUGUCCACCGGAGCAGUGCCCACAGUGCUGGUGUUGGCUCCAUCUUUGACAGAGUCCUGACUGAGCUGGUCUCCAAAAUGAAAGACAUGCAGAUGGACAAGUCGGAGCUGGGGUGCCUGCGAGCCAUCGUGCUGUUUAACCCAGAUGCCAAGGGGCUGUCCAACCCCUCGGAGGUGGAGACUCUGCGGGAGAAGGUUUAUGCUACCCUCGAGGCCUACACAAAGCAGAAGUAUCCGGAACAACCUGGCAGGUUCGCCAAGCUGCUGCUGCGCCUCCCAGCCCUGCGCUCUAUCGGCUUGAAAUGCCUGGAGCACCUGUUCUUCUUCAAGCUCAUCGGGGACACGCCCAUCGACACCUUCCUCAUGGAGAUGCUAGAGACCCCGCUGCAGAUCACCUGAACGCCCCAGCCGCAGCCCCCCCCCCCCCGCCGCCAGGACCACCCCUGGGCCGAUGUGUGUGGACCCCCACCCUGCACACGUUCCCCCGCCUCCCACCCUGACCCCUUCCUGUUCCACAAAUGUGAUGCUUACAAUAAAGAAACCUUUCUACA